GCAGGCCUGCAGGACAGCACGAAAGGGAGUUAAAACCACCGAGUGACGAAAGAACACUUCGGCUCCCCCAUGUUUUCAUUCCAGCAAUAGCUGUCCGUAGUAUUGAAGUUUCCAAGUCAAUAUUGUUGGCAGUUUGGCCGUUACACACUGUACUAAUAUCACGACUGUUUACAUAAUGGGAAUGCAAAUUCAAACUUGCAUAAAUGAAUCUCCAACUUCAACAAGUAGGAAAGCAAAGUUCACUGCAUAGGGAGGUUGGAAAGAUUCCUGGCGGACCAACACAUGCAGCCGAGGAGAAGAGGACUGGGAAGAGGAUUGAGACUAGAGUCAGACGUAAUGGGUUGUGGUACAUCAGCCAAGAAGAUACAGCUCUGGCAAUAGAGGAAGGUGUGAAGAUAUUUUGUUGCACCAUCGCAGACUGGGACACCCAUCUUUUGAUAGUGACCAAAUGCAGAUUUAUUGAAGAAGAUAAUAGUUGGCUACGCUUGCAGUUUCAUGAGGAAGAACUUCAGUCAACCAGAGAAGAUAACAUGCAUCCCUCAUAACAGGAUGCUACGAGUGGGAAUGACAUAUGAGAUCUAGGGCAAUAUUAGACUUGGUACAGGAGCAGAGGACCACAAUGUGAUCAGAGCACCCAGACAGCCAAAAAGUAGGGUUUUUCAUUAUCAAUCAUGCCAGGAAAGGCAAACGCAAGGAUUGGGGUACUGUCAAAUAACCAGCCUACCAGAGUCAACUGAAAAAGUACGGGAUCAAAUAUUCUAUGUUUAGAUAUGGAGAAACUAGGGGAAAGCAACCAUUAGCUGAGCCCCUGAUACAACCUAUCAACUAUCUGCUUUUGAAAGUCUGAAACUCAUACUGUUCAGCAUGUUAAGCUAAAUAUUGUAGUAGCAUAUUGGCACAAGGUAAAAUGAAGAGGAACUUGUUUUCUUUUUUAA